AUGUCCGUAAAUAAAAUUAAUGAAGAUCUCGCUAAAGAGAGACGAAAGUGCAAUUUUGACAUUCAAGAACUAACAUAUAUAAUAGAUGGAGGAAAACAUAAGACCGAGCAGAGGAGAUUAAUUGAGGAGAAUGUCCUUAAAACUGGCGCGCACAAGGACUUGGUACCUGACGAAUGUUUAAGUUUGAAGGAGCGUUAUGAGAAUGCAGUUAAGAAAUCUCUGGCGUACUCUGAUUUGGUUAAAAAUGAAAUAGCCGCUUUUACGGGAAUUGAAAGUUAUGGCACACCAAUCCUUCGGCGUCUGGCUGAUGCAUUUUUCGUGGACAUAUCACCCAUGUUGCUACACUUUGGUAUGUUUGUACCAACCAUUAUAGGACAAUGCACCCCAGAGCAACAGGCGAAGUGGUUACUGCCGGCUAUAAACCUUGAAAUUUACGGGGCUUAUGCCCAGACGGAGCUAGGCCACGGAACCUUUAUACGAGGGUUGGAAACAACUGCCACCUACGAUCCGUCAACUGAAGAAUUCAUUUUACAUUCACCCACACUUACUGCAUACAAAUGGUGGAUAGGAGGGUUGGGAAAAACCGCAAAUCAUUGCAUUGUAGUUGCCCAGUUGUACACACAAGGAAAAUGUUAUGGCGUCCAUACAUUUAUAGUUCAAAUUCGCGAUCUGGAAACGCAUGAGCCACUCCCAGGAGUUAAAGUUGGCGAAAUAGGUCCUAAACUCGGUUCCAAUACGGCUGAUAAUGGCUUUCUUGGAUUCAAUAACUAUCGGAUUCCAAGAGAUCAUAUGCUGAUGAAAAACGCCCAAGUACUAAAGGACGGGACAUACAAAAAGCUAGCGAAUGCAAAGUUGACGUAUGGUACAAUGGUAUUCGUUCGUGUUACACUCGUAUCGGACUCCGCAUUUAACUUGGCCAAAGCUGCUACAAUUGCUGUUCGCUAUUCAGCUGUGAGACGGCAGUCGGAGGCUAAACCCGGUGCUCCGGAAUCUCAGGUACUGGACUAUCCCACACAGCAGCAUAAACUCUUUAUCUGCAUCUCAACUGCCCUGGCGAUGCAAUUGACAGCUAACUGGCUAUGGGUGACCUUUUCUAAGUACCUGAAUGAAAUGAGGAAGGGAAAUGUUGAUAAUUUACCUGAGCUCCAUGCACUUUCAAGUUGUCUAAAAUCAGUGAGUACAUCGGAUGCAUCAUUUUUGAUAGAACAAUGCAGAUUUGCGUGUGGUGGUCAUGGGUAUAUGACGUCAUCAAGGCUGCCUCAAAUAUACGGUUUUGUGGUCGCCACCCGGACCUAUGAAGGAGAUUAUACAGUACUCUUGCUGCAGACUGCCAGAUUUCUAGUAAAAGCUUGGGAACUUGCUGAAUCAGGUGUGGAUGUGUCUCCAACUGUGUCAUACCUUAACAGGGUUAACAAACACAAGGAAUUAGUAUGGGAUAACAGUAUGGAAGGACUCAUACGAUCUUUUGAAGUCGUGGCUGAGGGGAAAAUAUCUCAUUGCGUAAAAAAUAUCCGAGAGAAGAUGAAAACUGGAAUGUGUUAUGAUGAAGCCUGGCUUCUAACAACAAAUCAACUGGUUCCUGCAGCUGAGGCACACUGUAGAGCUGUUCUUCUGAAAGUGUAUCAUCAAGAAGCGAAACGGUUAACGGCUAACUCGAGCGUAAAUAUACAGAAAGUUAUCGACCAAUUGGUUCAACUGUAUAUAAUAUUUUGGAGCCUUGAAAAAACCGGGGACUUAUUAAGAUAUACUCCGAUAUCAGAAAAGGACAUAGAUGAGUUGCAAAACAGAUACGAUGAUUUAUUAGCCUCAAUACGACCUAAUGCUGUGGGACUUGUCGAUGCUUUUGACAUUCGUGAUGAGAUCCUGCAAUCAACCCUCGGAGCCUACGACGGCAGAGUGUACGAACGACUCAUGGAAGAGGCUUUAAAAACCCCACUCAACGCUGAGUCGGUCAAUUCAUCUUUCCAUAAAUAUUUGAAGCGUGAAUCUAAAUUAUAG